AUGGCAGCAGUAGACGACGAUGGAGCAGCUCCCUCCUUCUCGGAGCCGUUGGAUCUGGUUCGCCUGUCGCUCGACGAGGUCGUGUUUGUGAAGUUGCGCGGGGACCGCGAGCUCAAGGGCCGGCUUCACGCCUAUGACAGUCAUUGCAACAUUGUUCUCGGCGACGUGGAGGAGACCAUCUAUAUUGUUGAAGAAGAUGAGGCCGGAGAAGAGACCAUUAAGGUAUAUAUCGAACCCACCGCUAGAGAAGGAACGGAAUUAACUGUUUUUACAGACAAUCAAGAAGCAAGAGGAAAUGCUGUUCGUCAGGGUCUCCAUCAAGUUGAUAGGAGCGGAGAUGGUGACAAAUAUCAGAAAGCAAUGCGGACGACGGACGGCCGAGGACUCAUGACUAUGAAAAUGAGCAAUAUCGGUUCUCACAGGGUCCGUGUUGGGACGGCCUACAGCUUCGAAGCCGUUAGUAACUCGUGGGUGAGACUAUGUUCAUAUUCUCUAGAGUGGACGACCGGGGAAGCAGCCCCUGCAUAUGGCUCAUUCAUCCAAGGCGAUCGGCCAUUUACGACGAAAGGCAUGGAUAGUUAA